AUGCCAACAUACCGUGUUGAAGAGGCCAGCACUGGUCGCGCUGGCUGUAAGAACACAGAAUGCCAGCAGAAAAAAGAAAAAAUUCUCAAGGGUGAAUUGCGACUUGGCUCAUGGGUUGAUACGGAGCAAUUCCAGAGCUGGUCCUGGAAACACUGGCAGGUGGCGAGUCUGCAGGAGAUCGUUGGAGACGAUAAGGACUUCUCUCUCCUCGAUGGAUUUGAUGAACUUUCUGCCCAGAACCAGGAUAAGAUCCGUGAAGCAGUUGAGAAAGGCCAUGUCUCUGAUUCUGACUGGAGGGGCGAUGUUGAAGUGAACCGCCCAGGUAAAACUGGUUUCCGUGUUCGAGUUUCCAAAAAGAAGGCAGCCGCGGGUGCGGAUGGGGAAGCAGAUGCAAAGAAAGCGAAGGCCGAUACUCCCAAGAAAACUAAACGGUCUCGAGGCAAGAAGGGGGAUGCGGGGUCCGAAGUAGAGGCAGAUGGAGAGCCAACUCCCAAAAAGGCGAAAACUGCAGCUCCCAAGAAGAAGUCAGGAAAGGCAGAGCAAGCAUCCGAUGCGGGGACUGAACAAGCGGAAACGCCAAAGGCUCGCCGCAAGUCCACUGGUGGACCAAAGAAACCAGAAGCGGAACCCAAGGCUUCUAAGGUUACCGAGUCCAAGCGACCCCGGAAGUCUGCUGAGAAAGGUGGUCCAACAACGACCCGAGUGACACGCUCUAGGGCCAGAGCGGGAUGA